UAUAAAGCCGUGAGAGAACAAAGCAUUAUUAUUGUUCAUGGCGGCAACACACUAAAUCUUAUAGGCAGCUCCAUGGCAGUAGAAUGUUUAAGCUAUCAGGCAUAUACAGAAGCAUAUACAAACAUAGCGCCUUCAGAUGCCCUAAUUUGAAAGCCCAUGGACAGUAUGUCUGGGUUGUAUAGGCUUUCUGGAAUCCUAUCAGCGAAAGGUGGAUCAAUAUGGAGGAACAUGAGUUCGAUAGCAGCAAGGUAUGCCAUCAGAAAAGCGGAUGAAGAGAUGACCUGUGUUCUGUAUCAUUACCCCUGCAACGAUGGGGCAUUUGCUGCCCUGGCUGCCCAUUUGUACCACUCUCUUCUCGCACUUCCCGUUGUUUUUGUACCCAAUUCCACAAAUGAUCCACUCAGGGCAGAAGAUUUUGCUUGCAAAAAGUUUCACACUUGUUAUCUUCUUGAUUUCAUUGGACCAAAUGAGUUUGCAACUAAGCUUUCACAGAUUGUAAACCAAGUGGUGGUUAUUGACCACCAUAAGACUGCUCUUGACUACCUUCAACCUAUUGAAGGGUGUGAUUCAAACAUUAUUUCAGUUAUAGACAUGAAAAAAAGUAGUGCUACCAUUGCAUAUGACUACUUCACUCAAAAACUUGGGCAUGCAAACCAAAUAGAGCAAUGCCGAAGGACUUUGGUAGCUGGACAAAAUCUAGAUAGAGUGGAGUUGCUUUUUAGAUAUGUUGAAGAUGCCGAUCUUUGGAGAUGGUCGCUUCCUGAUAGCAAAGCAUUCAAUGCGGGGCUUAACACUAAGCGACCCAAUAUAAAUGCAAUUUUUAAUCCUUACAUGUUUAAUCAGUUGUUGACACUGGAUCCAGCCACAUUGAUUGCCUAUGGAAAUCUGCAGCUUGAAAACCGGGAAAAGCUAGUUCAAAAUUUGCUGAAUAAAGCUUUCAAACUUAAUUUGGGAGGUGGAAGAUUUGGCAAAUGUUUGGCUGUGAGAGCUGAUGAACAUGUUAAUCUUAGAAGUGAACUUGGCAAUAAUCUUUCAGUCAAAAGUGCCAUUGAGUGUUUACGGCCAAUUGGUGCUGUUAUAUAUGAACACGGAGGCAAGCUCAAGAUAAGCUUGCGAUCAACUGAUGAUUCCAUUGACACCACUGAAAUCUCAAGGGCAUAUGGCGGGGGAGGUCACCCUGGUGCAAGUUCAUUUUUUAUAUCCCGAGAAGAAUAUGGAGAGUGGAUGUUAGACAAUUUGCUCGACAUUUGUAAUGACAUUUGAUAGACUUGAAAUGGAGAGUUUGUAGUAGGUUAAAAUUGAAGGAAAGAGGAAUAGGUUAGAUGAAUCAUGCACAUGCAAUGGCCAGUGCAAUCCACACAAAUUCAAGUUUUGGUGAGGGUUGGUCAUAAGUAUUGAAAACGUUAAUUUAAUUAUUAUUACUUUUUAAUUUUUAAUUUUGGCAAGGUUUUUAUUUGCGUUA